CGGGGGGAGCGGGCGGGGGCGGGACGGGACCGGACGGCGCGGGGAGCGCGCAGCCCCGGCCCGGUCCGGUCCGGUGUCCGGGCCGGAAUGCGCCGCGUCGCCCGGGAACAUGGCCCGGCAGAGCCCGCCGCGCAACGGCGUCGGCGGCCACGACUUUGAUGCUAAGAAGAAAAGAAAAAUGGCAGAGAUUUACCAGGCUCUGAACAGUGACCCCACUGACGUGGCAAAGCUGAGGCGGAUGGCGAUCAGCGAGGGCGGGUUGCUCACGGAUGAGAUCCGGUGCAAAGUGUGGCCAAAGCUGCUCAGUGUUAAUACAGAUGACCUGCCCCCUCCUCCAGCAAGGAAGGAGCUGCGAGAGGACAAUAAGGAUUACCAGCAAGUGUUACUGGAUGUGCGGCGAUCCCUGCGCCGCUUCCCACCAGGGAUGCCAGAUGACCAGAGGGAAGGAUUGCAGGAGGAGCUCAUCGAUAUCAUCCUCCACGUCCUCAAGCGUAACCCCCAGCUGCACUACUACCAGGGAUACCAUGACAUCGUGGUCACCUUCCUCCUGGUGGUGGGGGACAGGCUGGCCACGGCACUGGUGGAGAAGCUCUCAACGCAUCAUCUCAGGGAUUUUAUGGACCCAACGAUGGAUAAUACCAAGCACAUUUUAAAUUACCUGAUGCCCAUCAUAGACCAGGUGAACCCUGAGGUGCACGACUUCAUGCAGAGUGCGGAGGUGGGAACCAUCUUUGCUCUCAGCUGGCUGAUCACCUGGUUUGGCCACGUUUUGUCCGACUUCCGGCACGUGGUGCGAUUAUAUGACUUCUUCCUGGCUUGCCACCCACUGAUGCCCAUUUAUUUUGCAGCUGUGAUUGUGCUGCACCGGGAGCAGGAAGUUCUGGACUGCGAGUGUGACAUGGCCUCUGUCCACCACCUCCUGUCCCAGAUCCCACAGGACCUUCCUUAUGAGUCUCUGGUCAGCAAAGCCGGGGACCUUUUUGUCCAGUUCCCACCUUCUGAACUCGCCAAGGAGGCAGCUCAGGCAGCUCAGGCGGAACGAACUGCAGCUUCCACUUUUAAGGACUUUGAGUUGGCAUCAGUGCAGCAGAGACCAGACACUGUGUUGAGGCAACGCUUCAGAGAGCGGCUCCGAGGGGAGGAGCGGCUCCGAGGGGAGGAGCGGACAAAAUCCACCUUGACAAAGCCCCGGACCAACCGCUUUGUUAAGCUGGCAGUGAUGGGGCUGACGGUGGCACUGGGAGCGGCUGCCCUGGCUGUGGUGAAGAGCGCAUUGGAGUGGGCACCCAAGUUUGAACUGCAGAUUUUCCCCUGAAGCUGGAGGAAGGGCCUUCACUAUCACUGCACCUGUCCCCAGCAGGAAGGGCUGAUGUUUGAUGAGGGACGUGUCCAGAAACGACCUGUAUGAAGGUUAUUUUUUAUUCUUACUGCGUCCAGUAACGCUUUUGGCCUUUGUGACAGAGACUGAGGGAGCCAGCCCAGCAGGAUGGUUCCCCACACCAUGCUCACCUUGGUCCCCUCUCCCUGUGCAAGGGUGAGCAGACAGGCGCUCCCACUCUCCCCUGAGGAACCAGAGGUAUGGACAAAUUUGGCUGUUCAGGCUGUGCUCAGGUGACUAUACAAAGAGAGAACUGUGUGUGGGCUUUGCCCAAAUGAUCCUGCGUUCUCCAUUGAAGAAAACUAGUGGGAGUGAGAGCAGAUCCUUGCCUGGAGGAGAGUGUCCAACAGGGUUUGUUCUUGCGUGUGUGAGGGUGAAGGGCUGUUGCACUCCUGAGGAACAGGGCAGCCCUUUGGCUCUUCAUUGCUACAGUGUGACCCACGACCUGCCUUCAGCUUUGCCGGUGCUCCAGCUCUUCCCUGUCCUGUGGGUACCCCCUGAGCAGAGCCAAACCUUUCCCACACCCCAGCCAGCACAAUGCUGUGAGCUUCUCUUCAGUGUGUAACACUCCCUGGCUCUUUUUGCUUCCACAUCUUUGCUGCCUGAUCUGCUUGCAGGGGCCAGGAGCAGACCUUAGCUCCCCUCAGCUCUUCAGGCACUGCCACUGCUGCGCUGGCAAUGCUGUGACUGUAUCUGGGGUCAGUGAAGUGAGACACGAGUGCAGUCACCCUGCCAAAGGUGUGUACUGUCAUAUGCCAGGUUAUGCUACCACAAGGCUUAGUGGCACUGUAAACACCCAUUGCAGACUUCUUUAAUAGCUCUGGAAGUGGACACUUACCAUACCCAUGUGGAGAAAGGCUUUUUCCACCUUGUGAAACACUUUGCACAGGAUAGAAGUUGUUGCACUAGAAAAUGUGUCAAAAAACACACCCACGAGCUGAUCAGGCUCCAGCAUUGCCUCUGGAAAUAACAUGAGGGGUUUCCCAGAAAGGCUUCCCUGACCUCUGCAUAGCUCUCGUCUCCCCACCAGUCCUGUCAGCAGUCCCAGCGCUCCCUGCCCCCCAAACUAAGCAGCAAAUCCUUCUAGACAGCUCAGUGUCUCACUGAGACAAAGCCAAUAGACACUCUAUGCCUCUACCUCUCCCCCAAGCUGCUAAAUCUCCCUCAAGUGCCCUUACCUGACCCUCACGGCUCCCUCCCGCACCCCCAUCAUUGCUCUGUUGUGCCCAAAGCCAUCUGUGCCAUGCCCAGGGUCUGCAUACCUGAAAAGGAGGUUGAAGGGAUUUUGGGAUAGAGAAGAAAACUCAUGCCCUGCAAAGCUUAGCACCCCCCACUCCCACCCCUCUUGGUGCAUAACCGCCCUGGCUAUGUUCAGGUUUGCCCCAUGGGCCUUUGCUCAUGGAGGGGCUGUGCCUUUCUGGCCAGAGGGCAUGUGGGCAGUUGUCAUUCGUGGCUUGUGUUCCCAUGAAGCUCUGAGCAGGAGUUCCCUUUGCCUCUGCAGGUGAAAUGUGGAGUGUGUUAAAAUGCCGUUGUCCAGGCAGGCAGCAAGACCUGUUCCUUCCUCUCCUCAAUGGUGCCAGUGCCCUUGGAGAGACCUGGGGCUGUUCAGGGGGGCUUCUCCCUGUUGAAGGCAGAGCCCAUUCCUGGCCCCUUGGCACCCCCAGAGCAGCAGAGCAGGACUGGGGGCUGGGUCACUUAGCACUUUAGAAGCCAUUGGUGCAGGAGAGUGUGGUGACCUGGGAAUGCUGUUGGAGGACCCAGGGCCAUUCUGAACACUACCCUGAAGGAGGAGAUGGCUGGAGCCCCGCAGGAGGAGCCACUGCAGCCCCUCCAUUCCCUGGCCAUGAUGCACUUUAGUUCUUGCAUUGUCCCUGGAGGGAGAAAAGGGAGAGAAGGAAAAACCAUGGCUGCGGGUGCUUCAGUUACUCUGUACAAAGACUUACACAUCCCCUGUAAAUGCAGAUUUCUACAAACCCUAAAACUGUAAAAUAAACAGUUCCUAAACACA